AUGGGGAUUAAAGGUCUUGCAAAACUACUAUCUGAUGAAGCACCUGAUUGCAUUCGUGAAGAAGAAUUGAAAUCCCUCCACGGGCGGAAGAUCGCAAUCGAUGCGUCGAUGGCUAUCUAUCAGUUUCUGAUUGCUGUAAGAAGCGGUGGACCAAACCAUGCUGCAACGAUGCUUACCAAUGCUGACGGCGAAACAACGAGUCAUAUUCAGGGAAUGUUCAACCGCACUAUUCGCUUCUUGACAGAAGGAAUCAAGCCAGCAUAUGUUUUCGAUGGAAAACCGCCUCAAAUAAAAUCUGGAGAAUUGCAGAAGCGUCGCGAAAAACGAGAAAAGGCACAGGCAGAGUUGAAAAAGGCUUCAGAAGAGGGCAACGUCGAAGAACAAGACAAGCACUCGAAAAGAUUGGUUCGAGCAGGGCACAAAGAAAACGAAGACUGUAAGGAACUUCUUCGACUAAUGGGUGUACCCGUCAUUUUGGCGCCUUGUGAGGCAGAGGCACAAGCUGCGGCGUUGUGUGUAGAAGGCCAAGUCUACGCCACUGGAACUGAAGAUAUGGAUGCUCUGACUUUCAAGACUCCAGUUCUUGUCCGAAAGAUGACCUUUGCGAAUGCAUCCAAAGCUACAGUUCAGACCAUGAAAUACGCAAAGGCUCUCGAAGGGUUGGGUCUGAAUCACGACCAGUUUGUGGAUUUGUGCAUUCUCCUUGGAUGUGACUACUGCGACAGUAUCAAGGGAGUUGGACCAAAGACAGCAUUGAAAUUGAUUCGUGAACACGGAAACAUUGAGACCAUCCUCGAAAAGGGUCUCAACACUUCGGGAAAGAAAAAGUACGAAGUACCAGCGAAUUGGACACCCAACAAGAAGAAAGAAGACGCAACAGAUGACGAGGACAACGACGAUUCGGAGGACAACACACCUAUUCCAGCCUAUGUGGAAGCUCGCAAGUUCUUCAACCACCACGAAGUAUUGAAAGGCAACGAAGUUGAACUGAAAUGGAAAGCUCCUCAAUCCGAAGAACUUAAGAAAUUCCUCGUCGAUACUCACUGUUUCAACCCAGAACGUGUGCAAGCAAGUAUUGAGAAGCUUGAAAAGGCCCACAAACAAAAUGGGAAGCCGCAGUCUCGAAUGGAUUCCUUCUUUACUGUGAAGGUAAACCCAGUUUCGGCAGCUAAACGAAAAAAGAAGAUUGAAACCGAGAAGGCAUCCAAGAAGAAAAAGACGACCGGUGGACGAAAGAAGAAAUAA